AAUGGGGCCCAGCUGGGCAACUCUCCCAAGGGCUGUGAACUGUUGGCUUUGUGCUCGUUCCUUUGGAAAUGCAGCGGCUGUUGACUUCAGUGAAGCGGGUCUUGCAAGUGAAGACAGCAAUGCAGGACGUCUUCAUCUCACCUGCUAGCCAUCUUCCCACAGCCCACCAAAGGUUUUCAACCAUCCCUGCUGUCCCCUUGGCCAAAACAGAUACUUGGCCAAAGGAUGUGGGCAUCCUUGCUCUGGAGGUCUAUUUCCCAGCCCAGUAUGUGGACCAAACAGACCUGGAGAAGUUUAACAAUGUGGAAGCAGGGAGGUACACGGUGGGCUUAGGCCAAACCCAUAUGGGCUUCUGCUCAGUCCAGGAGGACAUCAACUCCCUGUGCCUGACGGUCGUGCAGCGGCUGAUGGAGCGCACACAGCUCCCAUGGGACUCUGUGGGACGGCUGGAAGUGGGCACUGAGACCAUCAUUGACAAGUCCAAGGCUGUCAAAACAGUGCUCAUGGAGCUCUUCCAGGACUCAGGAAACACUGACAUUGAGGGCAUAGAUACCACCAAUGCCUGCUACGGUGGCACUGCCUCCCUCUUCAACGCUGCCAACUGGAUAGAGUCCAGCUCCUGGGAUGGUCGCUAUGCAAUGGUGGUCUGCGGAGACAUUGCUGUCUAUCCCAGUGGUAACGCUCGCCCCACAGGUGGGGCUGGAGCUGUGGCCAUGCUGGUUGGACCCAAGGCCCCUCUAGCUCUUGAGAGAGGGCUUAGAGGAACCCACAUGGAGAACGUUUACGACUUCUACAAACCAGAUGCGGCUUCAGAGUACCCGAUAGUGGAUGGGAAGCUCUCCAUCCAGUGCUACCUACGGGCCUUGGACAGAUGUUACACAUUAUACCGUCAAAAAAUCCAGAACCAGUGGAAACAAGCUGGCAUCAAUCGGCCUUUCACUCUUGAUGACUUACAGUUCAUGAUCUUUCACACGCCCUUCUGCAAGAUGGUCCAGAAAUCCCUGGCUCGCCUGAUGUUCAAUGACUUCUUGUCAACCAGCAGCGACACGCAGACCAGCCUCUAUAAGGGGCUUGAGGCCUUCAGGGGACUAGCGCUGGAAGAAACCUACACCAACAAGGACAUGGAUAAGGCACUUCAAAAAGCUUCCCUGGACAUGUUCAACAAGAAGACCAAGGCCUCCCUUUACCUCUCCACUCACAAUGGGAAUACGUACACCUCAUCCCUGUAUGGGUGUCUGGCCUCUCUUCUGUCUCAGUACUCUGCCCAAGACCUGGCUGGCUCUAGGAUUGGGGCCUUUUCUUAUGGCUCUGGCUUGGCAGCAAGUUUUUUUUCAUUUCGAGUGUCCAAGGACGCUUCUCCAGGAUCCCCCCUGGAGAAGUUGGUGUCUAGUAUGUCAGACCUUCCAAAACGCCUCGCCUCCCGGAAGCGUAUGUCUCCUCAGGAAUUCACAGAAAUAAUGGACCAAAGAGAACAAUUCUACCAUAAGGUGAAUUUCUCACCACCUGGCGACACAAGCAGUCUUUUCCCCGGCACGUGGUACCUGGAGCGGGUAGAUGAGCUGUAUCGUCGCAAGUAUGCCCGGCGACCAGUCUAAAGGUGACCAUGGUUCCUGGAAAAUCUACAGUAGCAGAGUUUGUGCUCAUGGAUCCUACUUUUAAAAAGCCCACUCUUAGAUGGAAAUGAAUUGGAUUGGACACCAUAGUCCCCAGAAGCAGCAGCCUGGGGGAGUGAGGGGUCGUCCUUAGCAGUCUUUUCUGCCUUUCUCAGGGCUAAUGGUGGCACAGGGGUCCUCUGUGGAAGAGGGGUGCAAAGAAAGCCUAGCCCAGAAAUCUUGCUCUCUGGAACUGGGGAAACAAUCCAGAUAACUUUGCCUGUCACGUUCCCUUGUGGCCAUUAUUAUCAUUACUAGAUUUCUGUGCUGUUGUA